ACUUCAGUCAUAGUCGUGAGAGACGUUAAGGAUAUUAUAAAUUAGAACAUGAUGAUAUUUAUUAUCUAAAAGGAUGUUGUACAGUAUGUACACGGUAUUUCUCCCACUUUUCAUGCUCGGAUCAAGCUGAAAUUAUUCAUAUUCGAUGAUACGACACGAAUCAAUAAAAAAAAUUAACCCAUUUUAAAAAAUCAAUCAGAGAAUGAGUUUCCUCAGUGACAUGGAGAGAGCGCUGAAGCUGGGUCUCACUGCGGAGGAAUUCAAGACAAUGUGGGAGGUAGACAUAAAGAGAUCCCAACUGGAAGCAGAAAGAGAUGUAUUGAGACUACGCAAAGAGAUACAGCCAAGUCAGGUCACUCAAGUGUCCAGUGAUAAUGGACACGACAAGCUGAUGAAAUAUGUCCAAGCAAAAUUCCAAGAUUUGCUCGAAGAAUUAACAUGGAUAAAAAAGGACUUAAUGGAAACAAUGCUUCGGCAAUCCGCCAUGACAAACGACAAGAUUGAGGCCAGUAUGAAGGAGAUCAAGGUUUGCAUACAGAACAUCCGAGGCACUGAGAGAGCCCACGACAACUCUAACAUCGCACUAGGCAAUUACGAUAUCAGACCUUUUGGUGUAACCAGCAACAUUGGUCCACAGAAUAGUAGCACAGUAACCCAAGAACGCGACCAAAAUAUGCUAUUUAGUGACAUUAAUUGGAAGUCCCCUGACAAAGUGGAGCAGAAGAUACAAGAAGAACCAUUGCUUAGCGAUUGGAGUGACCAGGAUGGUGUUGGCGCAUAUGACCUUCACAUUGAACAAACGCAUUCAGUAGAAAAUUUAAGCAACGGUAUAAGUCAGGACUGGAGCCAAGAGGACGGGUCAGAGUGGCAAACAGUGGGUCAAAAAGUGAAAGCGAAGAGUUCUAGUUCUGCUCAAGCCCUUGGACCUUAUUCUGAACAGAUUUCUCGGAUGUUGUCCAGAAAAGAUAUGUACAGGUCGAUGCCAAGCAUUUCGCCUACAGAAUUCAUAAACUUUGAUACCGAGCUUGGACAAGGAAGUUUUACAAUCAACAAUGUAAAAGAAUUUUUCUCUGCAAGAACAUCCGUCGAAACAGAACUUUUAUAUACACAACCUCUGAACUGUUGUUAUACAAUGCAAUUUCAAUUUAACAGAAAUGGACACUUUGAAGUCAAUGUUAAAUUUCAUUUAAUAGACCAAGUUGAUCAAAGACCUAUCAAAAUCGCUUGCGUGGGGGAAAUUAACAAUCCACAAUCUAGAAGAUUCACCAAAUUGUGGAGAUUAGACCAUGAUGUGGUAGAUUUUCAUGAAGAGAUUCAACUCAAGGCUGACGUCUGUUUGGACACCCUUAGAGGAAAGUAUACUCCUGUCAAGUACAACACUCUGGCCAAGCGACACUACGAACAAAAUGAUAGGUUCGACCUCAAGUGGAUCAUCACUGCAAGCUAAGAAGAAUAGGAUUUUUUUUCUUCACAUUUUUCCUUUCCCAGUUGUAGAUAUUUUGCAUGAUAUUCUUUUAUUAUGGAUACUUUGGAACCAGUAAGGAUUAGGUAUGGAUGAAGUAAGUUGGAAUACAUUUUUUCUGGGUUAUGUAGAAUUGAAUGUGUUUACCAGUGAGGGUAACGAUAUCUGUAAAACUACAAUCAGAGUAAUAAGAUUUGUGAUUCUACAUUUCACAUAAUUUAUAAAAAUGUUUAAUAUGUUUCGGAUAUUUAAACAUCAUUUAAUCAAUCAUUUAAACAUCAUUAGUAAAAUGAUAAUUAAUAUUGCGGCACUAACUGGCUGUCUGGCAGUGCGAUAUGCACCUCGGACUGUCAUCACGGGGGUCCUGAGUUCGAUCCCUGCCCGUUGCCGACCCCUGCUGUCCUGCAGAAGGUUUGUUCCAAGAAGUAAUCUUUCUGAACGAACAUCCCAAACCAUACCUACAAAUUCAAUCAACUGAAGUAAUUAUGACUGACAAUGUAAAUGUUUAUAUUCAAAUUAGAGAAAACUGAAAAAAUAUCAAAAUAUAUCAUAGGACUGUGACAGGUGGGGAAAUGUGACGUGUUUGGCACGUUUAAUGUCUAGGGGAUGAUUAUUUUUAAAGCUAUCACACACCAACCCGUCAGCAUAUAAACCGGGAGCAGGCACGCAACGAGACAAGCAAUGAAAGAUAGAUACAAAGUUAAAAAUGAAGAAUAUUUAUUUACAUAAAUAUUUACAUAAAAGAAUAAAAAGGGGGAGGGUUUGCAUCUAUCCCUAAUUGAUACUAAUUUUGAUCAUCACUCUUGCACGUAAUAAGAGAGUAUGUCACUUUGUCUUCUGAACUUAGCUGGUUGUCCUGUUGAUGUCGCAGCUGGCUGUGUCCUGGCUUGAGGUUCUGCAGCUGGAGGUGGCGCUCUAGCGGAUAGAGGGACGCCGGUGAUUCAGUUCUUGUGGAGUUUCAAUCCAAAGUUCUGAUAUCUGUAGUGGGCACAGUAGGGCGGGUGGCCGGCUACCGUGGGCACAAGGUUACUGCGGGCAGAGCGGAUCUGCCGUGGGCAGCGUAGUGAACAGGAUAUGUCCAGUGAGUUGCAGAGGGUUUGGCGUAGCUAUGACGUCUCACACAGAUCUGGGUCUAUAGGGACGUCGCACCUAACAAGUUGACAGGUGGUCUGUCGAAUAGGCGGGCAAGGCCGAUAGCGCCAAGUAGUAGAGUUGAGUAGAUCUCAGUAGGCAAGUGCAGUGCUGAAUAGCACUAAGCACAUAAAUAGUAGGUGAUUCUCGAUAGCAAAUAAAUAGGCAGACACCUGAGGGAGGCACCAGGUAUUCCUCUAGGAGAAAGAAUGUAUGAAGUAGUCCAGUCUCGAUAGCUCAACGACAAUGAGAAAUAAGAGGGUCUGGUUUGAUUUUGAUCUACUUUAUAUAGGCCUGGAGAAGGCGGGCGGAAACAGGAAAUGUCCUAGGCUAAGAAUUAUCUUACACGUGGGUGAAGUCCGACAACAGUCGCACCUUGGAUUAUCAUGCGGUGUGUUGACUCUAUUGAUCUCCUAGAUCAAGGAGAGACGUGGGAGAAAAGGGGGGGGGAAAGAUUGGUUUGCUUUCCAACCAAGGUGGUGUCAACCGCGACCGUCCUUCAGACAUCCGGCGGGUAAUACAAAAGAGAUUGUGUGUUUACCUUUCCCCGAUCAAGGGCAGAUAAAUGAAAGGACGCGCCUUAGCUAUCUCCAAGGUGGUCAACUAAGUCUAGCCUGGAGGGGAAAAGGUGGGGCGGGUGAAGAAUUUAGGGGGUAGGAUGGGGAAAUAAGUAAAAUAAAAUAAAUAAAUAAUGAGAAAUAAUAAUUAAUGCUGUGAUAAAUUUGAGUGACUCUGACAGCGAGUUUUUGACUUGUCACAAGGACUCAAGAUAUUUUGUUUUACUGCAUACAGCCUGUAGUUGAGAAAUCAAUUUGAGCGACUUAUUUAUCUCGCUAAAUAUAACAGAUUCGAAAAAGUAGACACUAGAACAGCGCCAGGUAUCUGCCUUCACCAGAGUAGGAUUUAAAAACAAAAAUGGGGGGGGGGAGGGGAAAUUCGGCUGAAAUAACUAUUUAGUUGACAUGUAUUUUCAUGCCAUAUAAACCGUAUCGGACACCAUGGGCGCCCUCAGGAUUUUCGCAGUGGAAAAGGGGGGGGGGUCACAAGAAGCUGCUACCUAUGGCUUAAAGUCGUAGCCUCAACUUUCUUGGACAACAUUCGGGCCCCCAUACCAUAUUGAUAUAAAGGGCAUAGUAAAUACUUCUUGUUCAUGAAAUACAAAGAAGCUAAACACGUGAACAAAGUAUUUACUGCACAACUUUGUUAACUUUAUCCGUGAGGUCCGUGCUUCCUUACGUUCGAUCAGACAAAAACUGCAAACGUUGACUGUGGCUACUGAAACUGUCAAUAACUUUACAAAUGAAUAACUUUUCGUCGCGAUGGACAAGCUAUUUUCGAAGAAACAGAUGGUAGGGAGGAGAAAUUAAGUGGACCAAUUAGAUUCUUUUUUUUUUUUUUUGCAAUUUUAGGAUUCAAGCAUAAAUUUUGAGUUAUAGUUCCAAAUUUAUUUAACUAGAAAAAUAUCAGAUUGAUUAAAGGUUUGAAAAAAGGGGACUAGGAAAAUAACGACAUUUGGGUUCAGAACUCAAUUGUUAUUCUUGUACUGAAAAAUUUCGUAUAAAUUCUAAUUUUCAAAAACAAAGUCUUUCUUAAAAGUUUGUAAAAGGUUUUAUUUAUUUCGGAUGUUCCUUCAGAGUUGAAGAUAAUUACUUCCUAGUCCAAACCUCCCGCAGGACGAUGGGGGAUGAGAGCGGGUAGGGUUUGAACCCGGGACCAUCGAUAAGUCCGAACGACAGUCCAGCGCGCAAACCGCACGACCAGGCAGCCAUCUUAAAUUAAUUAUAGUCUAUUCAUGUGCAAUUACAUAAACUCUGUGGCCAUAUUUGGCUAUUCUGUUUUAAAAUGUUAUGUCUGGAAAGGAAAGAGGGCGGGAGAGUGAAUACAAUAAAUCCUAGUUUCUUUUUAUCAUUUCUGCUAAUAAGAUAUCAACAGUUUCAACACUAAAAUACCCAGCUAAUGCAGUGAAUUCAUCAUGAUGAUGCUCAUAUUUUUGUUGCUGCUGCCAGUGCUCAGUUGAUACGAAUCAAAGUUUUGACUUUUGGCAUGUGAAGAAAUGUCUUGUAUAUCUUCGUAAACUGGUGGAUGUGCUUAGCCUGCUAUUUUAUCGAGCGCUGAAACCGACCGCAACUCCGCAAGAUGUUAAUACAUUUACACUCUUUACUUUUGUUCAAAGAAACUAAAACAUUGAUUAAAUCAAAAGAUAACUGGCAAGGAUUUCUCCUCCAAGGCAACAAAGGAAAACAACAAAAAACAUGUAUCCUAUUACAGGCCUUAACUAAAUAUAGGCCGAAUGAUCACUAUAAUUAUGUGCCAGUGAAAACAGAUCGCCACGCCUAACGUGGUAUAGAAUACUUGACACCCUUUAUAGUGCUAAGAAUUGCAAGUCUAUAAUAAAUCGUACAUGUCGGACACAUGGGCGCAGCCAGGAUUUUUUUCUCGGGGGUGGGGGGGGGGGAUUUUUUUCUCUCCUCUCCGGCCGAUAUAUGGAAAAAAUGUAGACUACCCGCCCUUGCCAGCAAGAGGGUCUGGGGGAGAGCUGUAAGUUGUAAAAAUAUUGGCCAAAAUGUGGCUACUAAGAAUUCAUAGGCGUUUACGUACAUGGUCGGACAUCAAUUUAUGAUACGCCUAGGUGGAAGCACUACUUGUUCAGUUGCUAUUUACAUUUGAAUAGAUUUGACAGUGCAAAUAAUGGCUAGAAUUUGCCAUUUUUAGAAUCCGGAGUGCACCCCCCCCCCUGCAGGCGUCUAAUGUCGGACACUACGCGAAGACAAUUCUUGACACUUUUAAAACAGUCAUUGACCUCUUUAGUCACACAAGAAGUUGCAAAGGGAAAAGAAUUAUAAACCUAUUUAAUUAGGACAAUAUGUAUAGUCCAGACAAGGAGCAAUAGCUCCUCCGAAUACAAUGAUUUCAUGCAAUAAAAAAAUUUUUUUUUAGGGGGGGGGGGGGGGUAAGAAUUCAGUAAUAAAACGACUACCACAAACUACUUCUUCUAUGUUAAAUAUUUGUUAAUUAAUUGCAAUCUGUGAUUAAUACUACAUCUACAGUGUUCUCCCCUCCCAUUGCAUUUCAGAAGGAAUGGGGGCAGUAAUUUGUUACUUUUCUUAAUUAAAAUGGUAAUAUAGUAUUUAUAUAUUGUAUCAUAUAAAAUGAAUAUAUAUAUAUAUAUAUAUAUAUAUAUAUAUAUAUAUAUAUAUAUAUAUAUAUAUAUAUAUAUAUAUAUGUGUGUGUGUGUGUGUGUGUGUGUGUGUGUGUGCUUUCUAUGUGCCUUUUACAUUAAAAAUAUAACAUAACCUAUAUAAAAAUGUAUUAAAUUUUACUAAAUUUUUACUGAAGAAAAAUGUUAUUUGUUUAGCGUUACUCUAAAAGACAAAGAUUUUAUUGGAUAUUUGCACUAGAUACUAAACAAUGUCAGGGCCGUUUGAUUGAAUGUCAAUGUUGCCAACUAUAGGAAAGCUACAAAACAAAAGAACAUGUGAUUCUGCAGUGCUAAAAAAUGGACAACUAUCAUCUCACUUUCCUUGUCAACAUUUUGUUUCUUCUUUACACCGGUCACACCAACAAGUUUGGAUAGUUUUGGAUUGACCACCAUGGAUGAAAAUCUCUCAUUUUUUUAUUUUUACAAUAUUUUGAAUAUAAUUAUCUAGGUCUGUGGACUUUUGCCCUUUGUAGUAUGUCGCCAGAUUAUUGUUUAAAAAAGAAUAAAAAGAAUUGUGGUUAUUGACGUGAAUGUACCAUUUAUCAAUCAAAUUGUUUAGUUGGUGUGACUAUAUGAUCAUAUUUGCUUAUCACCACUAAGGUUGGCAUAUAGUUGAUAAUUCAUAUCAUUUUUUGUGUACAAUUGUUAUGCACAAUAUUUCGAUUUUGCUAUGUAGUGGAGCGGAUACUUGUUGAGGUCACACCGGCCACCCCGAUAUCCACAUGACCUUUUCCCCCUAGAUGGCGUCCUGUGUCCGCGCUUAAAUAAGCAAAACAACGUGGACACUGUCCAUUCUACCCACAUCUCUUGUCAUUGUAGUGACUGUACGUUACUGGACCUACUUCUUGUCCACUCCCAUUUUGUGCCUCUUUCUACACCACGUGUUUUCGUAUGGCUGCAGGUAAAUACAUUUUUACUGUUUCUUUUAUUAGAUUACAAUUUUAUUUAGUACCGGUAGUUUUUAUAGAAUAUCGCUACCCCGGUUUUCGUCCAUGUUGGACAAUCCUUUUUUUUUAGAAAACCAGCAUGUCAAUUAAUUCAGUCCAUAGAAUUAUAUACUAUAUCUAGACUGGACAUGGAGAUCUUUUAACACUGCAAAAAAUGUCGUGAAAAUUUUAAAAAAAUUGAAACAAGGCGUUGUUUUGUAAAGUAGUUAUACUUAUAAGUAAAGUUGUUGUUUUUUUUUCAACCCUAACCUACUAUGUAACUGUAGUAAUUAAACAUCAAAAAUAAGAAUACUUUCGUCUCAUAAUUACUAUUUUGUAAUUUUUAGAUACAUAAUCUAGAAAGAUCUAGGUAAUCAAUCUAUUUAAAUGUACAUAAGAUGAUUAAAAUCAACAGACAUGAGUUAUUUUGAUCUAGGAUUUUUGAAACAUUAUCUCAAUGGAAACUAACAGGAAAUGGCUCUGUUUCAUAUAUUAGCGUGAAUAUGUAAUUAUAUGAUUAAGAGCCCUUUCUAAAGAAAAUCCGAGAAAUGAUUUUGCAUUAUUUCUAAACUUUGAAAACUAAAGAUCACUACUUUUCUAAGACAGAAAUUAAUGAGUAAUGACGGGGCGACUUCACUUAGAGCUUGAAAAAGAGUUACCUACAUAAUAAUCUCACUGUCACUCUCUCUCUCUCUCUCUCUCUCUCUCUAUAUAUAUAUAUAUAUAUAUAUAUAUAUAUAUAUUUAUAUAUUUAUAUAUAUAUAUAUAUAUAUAUAUUUAUAUAUAUAUAUAUAUAUAGGUCUGUGAAUCGAUUAAUCGCGGGUAAGAAUUUGUUUCCUGUUUCCAGUCUAGAUCUAAUAUAUAAGUAUUCUAAGUCUAUGAUUCAGUCAUUGAAUUGCGUACUUGUAGUGUGUAGUGAACUAGACGAAAUAGUUCCUAUAUAACAAUAUAGCAGGUAAACUGUCCAUCUUGUAAAUGUAUUUCUACAACCAGUGUGUAGAUACCGGCAUUUAAGAACCAGUUGUUCUUUUUUGUUAUACAUUUUUGUACGGAAAGGAAACUCUUCAAACAAUGUAUGUUAGUUUUAUGUAGAACAACUAAUUGAUUUAUUUCUAGAGAACUACUUUUUCAUUCAUUUUUGUAAUGUUUAUGAUAUUCCAUAUCCGUCUUAUGUUAUUAUAGGAGAUCAUUGGUUGACACUAUAUUAUUUUUUCUAAUCUAAUAUUUAAACUUUGAUGUUGUGUGCACAACUUGGUCUAACCAUUUCUUUUAGACCUAUUAUGUUAAGUUUAUGCCCAUGCCACAUGUAAUUAUGUUUACCUUGUGCAGGUCUCUAGUGUAGGGCUACAAUAAACAAAUCUAAUCGGCCUA